GACAAGCUGUGUGUACAUCCCCACUUUAUACUUUAUCUGUUAUGUUCUGUUGUUUGGGUUUAGCUAUUUCUUAUUUUACUAUUUAUUCGAAAUUUACUGUAUUGGCUUGUUAUUCAAAUCGUUACCCUGAAUGUUCAGUGCAAAUAUAUUUAUAGAGUGAUAUAUAUUUUGUGCCAUAGGGUCUUCGUCACCAUGUCAAUUUUCGAAGAUGACGGUGAUCCGAUUUUUAACGAUCCUGCUAUAUUCCGUGUCAUUCAACGCGAAAUCUAUGAAAUUGGUAAUAUUCAGGUUUUGCCGUACGGCUUUAGAAAUAUUCCUACACACACAGAAGAUGGUAUACCAAUUAGAAAAUUAUAUGUCACUAAUCUUCCACUAAAGACAACUCGUACAGACUUAUUUGGAGUAUUUGCACCAUAUGGCUUCAUCAAGAGUUGUUGGUUGAAAAUAAUGAGUAUGGGGCCAAAUCGGGAUCCCAUACCCACAUAUGGAUUUGUUACUUUCAGUAAUCCUGAAGAUGCACAUAGAGCGUUAAAAGCACCUAGCCAUGAGAAGAUGCUUCGUGGCCAAAAUCUAAGAACUUAUCCAGCUGACAGUUGGCACCAGCCCACAGAGGAUUCUGAUGGUAAAGUACAGUGGAGGUCACAUUCUGAUGCUCGGUUCAAUGAAGCUAGCAAUACAAGCAAUGAUCAGGAAGAGUGUCCAGAGUCUUCAACACAUAAUACAGACAGUGGCAUUGCAACCUGUUCAGAAAAAAAUGCUACAACUAGUGAAGAGCAAUCAAAUGAAAGAGAGGGGUCAGAUGAUGAAGAUGACUCCAGCAUACUGAACAUAUUGAACAUAGACUGUUUACAUCAAAUAAUGUCAUAUGUACCAAUAAGAGAUCUCAUUUUGUCUGAGAGAGUUAGUAAGAAAUGGCAAUGUAUGGUGCAGGAAUAUUUAGAAGGUAUACGCUUAUACAAGACGUCAUGGUGGCCGAAACACCCGGUAAAGCUGACGACGGCAGUGCUGCGGCGGCUGCUCGCGCGGCUCACGUUGACUCGGCUGUAUAUAGACCACCCCUGGUCUGCGCUCAAUGACCGAACGGCGCACGCCAUCGGCAAGUUCUGUCCAGACCUCGAAGAGCUCAAAAUUGUAGGAAUGCAUACAAAAAAUUGGAAUCCACUGAUUUACGGAUGCAAAAAUUUGAAAUCAAUUUCGUUCAUAUCAUGUAAUAAGCUUUCAGAUUCCAGUUUGGUACAUCUGGUGAAGGGGAAUUCGAACAUCGGAAGUUUGACUGUUGCCAACAACACACAUGUGACCGGCCUCUUCCUCACCGGCGUGAACCCUUUAAACCUGACUUCUCUGUCGUUCUACAACUGUUACAGUCUACAAGGCACGCUGCUCACUGCUGCCAUCGAUUCCUUGCCAAAUCUCACUGCACUAAAGAUGGACGCAUGUCCAGCAACCCUAUGGAGUAAGGUGCCAUGCAUGCUCCUCAAGUUGCCGAAGCUAGAGAAAUUGUCGUUGUGUGAAUAUGCCUCAGUAGACAUGGGCUGGAACAAUCAGCAAAGUAACCGUGACUUCUGUGACGCGAUCGCGAAACUAGAACGAAUAACAAGUUUAAACUUCAGCAGAAAUAUUUACAUUACUAACGCGGUGUUGAAGCGAAUCGCCCAGUCGUGCUCCGAACUAAAGUCGCUGGACGUCUCAUGUUGUAAUUCGAGGAAGGGUUCUCAUCAUACAGGGGUGGGCGACGAGGGCGUGGCCGCGGUGUGCGCGGGCUGUCCGGCGCUGGAGCGGCUCGACGUCUCCUACCUCACGCGGCUCACGGACCACGGGCUCGCCGCCGCCGCGCGCCUGCCGCGCCUCCGCGCCCUGCUCGCCUGCGGCCUGCCCGCGGUCUCCGCCGCGCCCCUCGCGCUCGCGCUCGCUGCCUGCCCGCGGCUCGAGGAAGUUGAUGUUUGCGGUUGUGACAAUGUAUCAGAAAAUAUAAUCGAAGCUGCCUUGAAAGCGGUGGAAAAUAACCCGCGGCGUUUGGUAUUAAGAGUGGCUAGUACCGCUAUACUGGAACUGCCAGAUACACCAGAACACAAAUUGCUAAUUGUCAACAUAACAGAUGAUCAUUGCAACCCUCACUUUAGGCCAGAUUUCGUGGACCGCAUAUUAGACGACAGUUCCGAUGAUUCCCUUAUAGAUGAACUUUUUGACCACGACGCCUUCGACGAUAUUAUUGACCAAGCUGAUGAUAUUUUCCUCCAAGAAGACGACUAUGAUGACGAUGAUGAUAUGGAUAUGGAGGGGUUUUAUUACGGGUUUCAUUAUUGUUAGCCAGCAUAUAAAAGCUAUGGAUGCUUCUCAAGUCCGUAGGCAAUAAUAUCCGCAACGUUUGGUGAUCCUCAUAAUGGCGGCCUUAGCAGAGCCACAUACAACUCAAUAUCGCCCUACAAUAUAUGUAUAUUUGUAUUCUUUUAGUUAUAACCUAUUGUUAUUUUCAGUUUUUACAUUUUUAAUAAUGGAGGAGUAACCAGAUUUCCUUAAAAUUAAUCAUAUUUGUCGAUAAUUUGAUUUCUCCUUGAUUAUAAAUAGUAUAUAAAAAUUUAAACAUUAGUUUAAAUUCUCCGCUACUUUAUACAAUUGUUAUUCGAUUAACGAACACAAAAUAAAUAAAAUAACUAACAGCUGUGAUGUAUACAUAAUUCGUUUUCCAGUAGUAUUUUUAUAGUCACUAUUGCUAUCCUACUUCUGUAUGUAUAAAAUGUUUUAUGUGUAUUAUUUAUAUAUGAAUGAAUGCAAAAAAAAUGUGAUAGAUUAAUUAACAAUACAAAUUUGUUGUUCAUGUAUGGUUUGCUUUUGUAUGUAACUUUAUUAAAUUGAAUAGAAGUAGGUCCUAGGACUAUCUUGACACAAAGGUAUAGUUCAAUAGUAAAUUAUUUGUUAAUGUUGCCACUAUAUUUAUAACUUAUUUGCCGGUGCCUGUCUAAUAAUACCUAUGUCGAUAUAGAGGUAAACAUAGUUAUUUUUAAAACGUGAUAUUCUAUUAUUAUUAUUAGUGAUCAAAGUAAUAAUAGAAUAUUACGUAGUUGAAAUACAAUAGUGUACAAUUUUUUAUAUUUACAAUUAGAUUUCAAUUGGUGAUAUACAAACUGCGAUAACACUGUAAUAAUAUUUAAAACUGUUUAAUAUUAAAAUAGUCCAUAAAAUUUACAUUUUGAAACUAGU